GCGGAGUCUCCGGACGUUCUUCCCAGAGCGGACGCGUUAGGUUUGCAGUGGCCCGGGCUCCGAGUGGGUCUCUGAGGACGAAGUUUGCUGUCAGUAAAAGUAAAGACAGGUAGAAGUUAUGUCCUAACUAAGCUCUUCUAGAAUGGAUGGCUCCCCCUCAAAUCUCCAUAGCUACCCUCUCACAUGAUUUUUGAAGCAAGGUCUCAUGUAGUGAAAGCUGGCUUCUUCCAACUCAAGGAGCUGGGGACAACCUUGAGUUCCUGAUCAAUGGACUUCUACCUCCCAAUUACUGUGAUUACAAGGGUACCAACCCUUGUGGUCAGAUGCCUCUCCGCCUCACUCUCUGGGGACUCUGGACAGCAAGCAGAUCUGUGUUGCUGGCUAUCUUAAGGACCCAAAGCAGAAAAUUCCUAAGUACCCAUCUAACCGGUCACCAACCAGCUAAGGAGAGAGUUCUGAAAAAGACAGAGCACCAGAUGGUGAUUGAUGGCAAACCUGUGACCAUUUUCCUGGAAACCACGAAAAAGCCAGUGGAGGACACAAGCUCCAGUCCUCCAUCUCUGACACAGCCAGAUGAGGCUCCAAGCUCCAGUCCUCCAUCUCUGACACAGCCAGAUGAGGCUCCAAGCUCCAAUCCUCCAUCUGUGACACAGCCAGAUGAGGCUCCAAGCUGCAGUCCUCCAUCUGUGACCCAGUCUCUGGAUGAAGCACUGUCUGAUGAAGGGCCUGUUUACAAUUCUGAUGACGCUAUUGUCCAGGAGGUCUUUCUUGCUGUGACCGCUGAGCUGAACUGUGAGCUGCUCUCCAAAGAGCAGAGGGCACACAUAGCCACUGUCUGCCCUGGUGUCAGAAGCGUGGAGGGUGAGGAUGGUGUUGCGAAGGUGUGUGGCAGCUUCAAAGAUAUUGAGAAGAUACAUCAUUUCUUGACUGUGCAGCUUUUGGAAAGUGAGCAGAAACAGAAGUACCCCACACACAAAUACCCCCCUUCUGAUGUGGAGAGAGAGCCACCCAACCAGCAAGACUCUGGCAGGGGCUUUUCCUCUUCGGAACCAAAAACUGGGUUAGAAGAUGAUUCUGAGAACUGUUUUGAAGUUCCUCUGCUUUUCCUUGAAUAUUUCAGACAUGCCUAUCCUGGUAGAAUAGAGUCCAUAGAGAAUAAAUUUGGUGUAAGCUUUGAAGUCCGAGACAGUGCUCCCAAUAUGGCCUCUGUACACUUCACCACCAGCCAUCAAGGCAACUUAGAAGCAGCCUGUGAGUCUUUUAUCAGAGACUUUCAGAGAUGCACCCAAGUGCUGAAGCAAGACUGUGUCUCUUUAGAGGACCCUCAGAGGGCAAUGGAGCUCAGACGGGAAUUGAAUCGCUGCUUUCCAAAGCUCCUGAUAAAGGGACAGGGAAGAAAGCUAACUCUCCUCGGGUCUCAAGCUGACAUCUCAGCCGCCACAGAAAAAGUCUCCCAAAAUUCCUUCAAGACUCCUGUGGAAAUAAUGUCCUCUGGUUACAUGACAGGGAUUGAGAUUGAUUCAACUCACUUCAACCUUCUAAAACCAGCAUUGCUCCAGGAAAUCUCAGAGAUAGAGCAGAGGUAUAACACUCGUGUACAAUUCCAGGUGAAAACCCAGAAAACCUGCAUUCUGUUUGUCCCCAUGGAUAAGGAGGUCGACCUGUCCAUGCACUCUUAUGCCAGUUUCACUGAUGCAUUCCAACAUGCCAUGUGUCAGCUAACGACAGAAAUCCUGCCGCUGAAACAUUUGGGCAAGGGGAAAGCUCACUUAUACAAGACCAAGUUUGUCGAUGACUUAAAGAAAAAGCACCCAAAUGUACACUUCGUGAUAUCUAAAGAGUCAAUGACUUUGAUGGGUUUGCCGAAUCAGCUUGCACAGGCAAAGCAGUAUAUGUUCAAAAGAAUGGGACUGUCCCUACCGUCUGCAGAGAGCUUAAAUGUGGAUCACGAGACACCCAUGGAUGUCGACAGGAAUGACACAAAUGCAGCUUCACUUCCUCUCAGAGGCUCUGCUGACUGCUCUGGGGCCUUGAAAGUGAAUGAUAAUGAAGAAACCUGUGCCAUCUGCAUGGAAACCAUUAGCAACAAGCAUGUGCUCCCUAAGUGCAAGCAUGAAUUCUGCUCCUCUUGUAUCACCAAGGCCUUGUCAUUCAAGCCUGUCUGUCCUCUGUGUCAGACGUCCUAUGGUAUCCAGAAAGGGAACCAGCCACAAGGAACCAUGACUUUCACCACUUUAAGAGAGUCACUUCCGGGUUAUGCAGACUGUGGCACAAUUGAGAUUCAAUACAUUAUAAAAAGUGGCAUCCAAACAGAUGAGCACCCAAACCCAGGAAAGCCUUAUAAUGGAACACGACGAACUGCAUACUUGCCUGAUAAUCAGGAGGGGAGAAAGGUCUUGGAUCUGCUCAGAGAAGCCUUUAAGAACAGGCUGAUUUUCACAGUAGGGGACUCUCGAGUAUCAGGAGCCUCUGAUGUUGUUACAUGGAAUGACAUCCAUCACAAAACAUCCACGUUUGGAGGACCAGGAAAUUUUGGCUACCCUGAUCCUCAUUACCUGACACGUGUCAAGGAGGAGCUGAAAGCAAAAGGAAUUGAGUAAGGAAUGCGCUGGGAAGACGUCUGUCCACUUUCAAAAGAAGUUUGUUAGGAGGCCGCAGUAGGACAGGCCUCAAUCUUUUUGUAGAAAAAAACUUAGAGCAUUUUUCGUGUUAAGUAGAUGUAGUUUCUAUAAAAGCAGAUGUCUGCUUGCCAGUGAUUUCUAGAGUGUUUCUCUUUCUUGGAAGGCAAAAUAUGAAGGGCAUGUGCUGUGGAGAUCAUAACAUGUGAACACAUGAGCUCAGGCCCGCAGCAUCCAUGUAAGAGUUGGUGUGAUGGCAUAGACUUGUAAGCUUAGCCCUGUGGAGUGGAGACGGAAGGAUUCCUGGAGCUCACUGGCUAGUUAGUCUAGCCCAAACCCAAACCAUGGGCUCCAGGUUCACUGAGAGACCUUGUCUCAAGAAAUCAGGUGCAUCUGGGCAUGGUGAUGCAUGCCUUUAAUGCCAGGAAUUGGGAGGCAGUAGCAGACCAUCCCAGGCCAGCCUGGUCUACAUAGCCCAAGUUCCAGGACAGCCAGGGCUACAUAGUGAGACCGUGGCCAGAACAAACAAAACAAAUAUGAGGUAGACACCCUCUGACCUCUAAAUGCACCUGUAAACACAUUCACAUGUGUACACACACAGAGAGAGAAGUUUUAGGGCAGAAAAACAUAAAGGCUUUCCAUUUUUUGCUGAGGAAGUCUGAUCUCAUUCUUGAGUCCUAUUGGGGGUGCUGCCCUGUAUGAAGUCACCUUCUGUAUCUUUCAUUGAACCUCUGGCGACUAGUAGAACGUCUCCUACUGCUUGUUUUGCUUGAUACAUGGUCUCUCUGUGCAGCUCUUGAACUCUCUUUGUGGACCAGAUUGGUCUUGAAUUUCGAUCUGCCUGCAUCAGCCUUCUGAGAGCUGGGGUUAAAGACAUGUACUACAUGCCUGAUUGUAUUUGUUUGUUUGGGGUUUUUGUUGUUGCCUCUUUUCAUUGGUUUGUUUGGUUUGGUUUUGGUGUUGGGACUUAAACCCAAGAGCAGUAAGUUCUAUCUCAACACCUUUGAUCAUUUUCCAUGGCCAUCUCUCUUGUGGUAAGUUAGUUGUUUGGAUUUUAACCUCUGCCUGGAAAAGUAAACCCUUGUGUAAAUGGGAAAGUGAAACCAUUGUGUAAAUGGAAAGUUUAAAAACAGGAUUGACUGGAAGAGACCCCCGCCUCCCUCCCUCCCCACAGUGAGAAACAUGCCCAGGAGGUCAGGCAACUUUGAUAGUAAGUAGAACAGGAAGAGACUUAUUUUUCAGGAUACAGAGCCUAGUAGACAGUUGGUGCCUAGUGUGUGUUUGUUGCCUGACUCAGCUCAGCAGAGGGAUGAGCAUAUAAAAAAGUGAGCUCCUUAAAUAUUUGGGAUUUUUUUUUUUGUUUUGUUUUUGAGACAGGGUUUCUCUGUAGUUUUAGUGCCUGUCCUGGAACUAGCUCUUGUAGACCAGGCUGGUCUCGAACUCACAGAGAUCCGUCUGCCUCUGCCUCCCAGAGUGCUGGGAUUAAACGUGUGUGCCACCACCAACCGGCUCUCCUCAAAUAUUUGGCAGAAGCAGGACCAGAGACUUUGACAUUCAUUCGGGGAAACAGUUUCUUACCCCAACAUGUAUUGGUGAGACUUUGGCCAGGCCUUUAUCAUGGGCUCUACUCUUCCUGAUCCUUGGAAUCGGCCUCAAAGGGUGCACUCACCCGGCCACAGACAUGAACAUGUUUUCCACAUUUUACCCCCAUACCUUAUGCUGUGCUUUUGAAUAUGUCCUGUUUUAAAUUGAACAGAUAAAUAACCUUGCCUUAGUUUAACAUUUUCUAAUAACUGUUACCUGAAAUGUAGUAGUUUGUUUUUUUGCAUUUUGUGUGUUUUGUGGGGUUUUUUUUGUUUGUUUAGUUGUGGGUUUUGUUUGUUUUUUUUUCUUAUUUUUUGAUUUUUCUUAACCCUUUGACUCAAUCCCAUCAAUCUAUGUUGUCUCUCUUAUAGUCUUUCUAAUCCUUUCCCUGGACGUGAGUAAAGAAGAGCUAAACCUCCUGCAGAGUCUGUCUGGCAUGUCACAAUUCUCUGUAAGCAGUUUCCAUGUCAGAAGAAAACCCUAGUAGAGAGUGUUCUGGUGAUCUGCGUUCCAACCACUCUCCAAAAUGGCAGAUGAAUGUCUUGAGGUUUCCCUGAAGACACACAUGCACACAUAAAAACAUUUAGCCAGAUAAUAGUAUAAUAGUAACAAGCAUUUAUUGAGUAGUUACUCUGUGUGUGCCUUAUGAUAAUGUGAUCAAUACAAUUAGUAACUCUAGUCUUUCCACAGAAAACUGGUGUGCAGAGACUAUUAGGUAGUCACCAAGGUAACAUAAUUAAUAAGUGGAAGUGCUAGCUUUUACUUCAGUCCUGGUUUUGUGUUUUUGAGACAGAGUCUCAUGUAGGCCAAAUUGGUCUUGAAAUGUAGCCAAGGGUUUUCUUCAACUCUGACCCCCUGCCUACUAUCCAGGUUCUUGCAUACAUCCUAGACUGAUCUUGUUGUUGUUGAUUUCUCUUUUACUCUUCGGGGGGGCCGUCACCCAGCUCCAAAAUAAUCACACACAGAGACCUAUUCUUACUUAUAAAUGCCUGGCCUUAGCUUGGCUUCUUUCUAGUCUGCUUUUCUUAAGUUAUCCCGUCUACCUUUAGCCUCUGGGCUUCUACUGUUCACUAUUGCUGUAUAUCUCUGCUUUCCUUCUUAUUCCAUGUCUGGUGGUGUGGCUGGGUGCCUGGCAUACUCCGACCCUUCUUUUCUUGUUCCCUGAUCUCUGUUCCCAGAUUUCUCCUUCUCUUUAUUCUCUCUGCCUGCCAGCCCUGUCUAUCCUUUCUCCUGCCUCGCUAUUGGCCAUUCGGCUCUUUAUUAGACCAAUUAGGUGUUUUAGGUAGGCAAAGUAACACAGCUUCAUAGAGUUAAACAAAUGCAACCCAAAAGAACGGAAGACAUCUUUGUUUCAUUAAACAGACAUUGUACAGCAUAGGCAAAUGUAACACAUCUGCAACUAAUAUUCCACAAGCCAUCUCUCAGGAUGCCUUCCUCUGUCUCCCAAGUGCAUGGAUACAUCAUUAUGCCUCACUUCUACAUCCAGCUUAAACCUUUUACUGUUGAUGAUUUACCAAGUUUUUAUCAUUAAGACUAAUGAUCAGUUUCUGUCAUCUAAUCUAGCAGUUUAAUUUACUCCAAAGAAGUAAAAAAAUUGGUUUCUGUUAACUUCCGGAUCUUGUAUUUCAUAACAUAUGCAUACUCAAAUUCAAUAUGGUGUGAAUGCUUAAUGGCAUUUGGAUUUCUGCUUUUGCAGGUGUUAUUAUUCUGGCUUAAAUAAAUUUAGGUUCUUAUU